AUGAAGCGCGCGCUAGUGAUCCGCAACGUGUCGAGCCACGACGUGCCGCUCGACAGUCUGGACAAUGCGUGCGUCGAGUGCUGCACCGCGCAGGGUUUUGUCACAGAGAUGGCUGUGAACGACGAAGCAGACGUGAGGCAGCACCUCAUGCAGCGCUCCAACGCCAGCAACGAUCGGCGCUUUGUCUCCUCCCAGGCGCUGGCAAUGCGCGCCACGUCGUCGUACGGACCCGCAGCCGUCAUCCCUUUUGACGCUAUUGUAUUUCGCGCCUCGGGCCUCUCAGAGCGACGUCUAUUAUCGCUUCUCCGCCUGAUUCGCACCAUCAGCAAGCAGAUCUUUCUCUGUGUCUUCAGUCCGCAGCUUACAGAGCACCCCAUGGGUCGGUAUCAGUGUUUCCAAGAAGGAGCGUCGAUGGUCACCGACUCCCUCGAUGCUGUGCGUGAAGUCCUAGCCUUUGUUGCGUCUUGUGGGGACAACACCAGCUCUGAUUCGCACACGAGACGUAGCAGCAGAGGUAGAUCGGGUGGACGCGAUGGGUUUACGUGCCCGUUUUGCAGUAAGAAGGGACUGGACGAAGAUCAGCUAUGGCGACACUGUCCGAUGUACCAUAUCAACGAGAAAAACACGGACGGAGUCACUUGUCCGAUUUGUCGGGAAUUGAUACGCGGACCUUUUCAAGUGCAUAUGCACAAUGCACAUGGGCCCCCAGGACGACGCGAGAUGGCGAGUGAAUUCCACAUGGCUGAUAGUAUGCUGUACUCGUUCGCACUCGUCGUGUGUCACAACAAAAAGUACAACCGCUUUUUGUUGGUACAAGAAUUUGCCAACUCGGGUUUUUGGUUGCCGGGUGGACGGAUCGACAGUGGCGAGAAUCCGGCACAGGCGGCAAUCCGCGAAACGAAAGAAGAGGCCGGCAUUGAUAUUCGUCUUACUGGUUUGCUUAAGCUCGAGUACCAUCCCAAGCAAGACCGCAGUGGUACUCCGUACGUGCGUAUGCGCUUUAUCUUCUACGCUGAGCCUUUGGACUGCGACCAAUCACCCAAGUCGAUUCCUGACUACGAAAGUGCUGGAGCCGCUUGGUGUCGCGUCGACCAAGUCGCCUCGUUACCACUUCGCGGAUCGGAGCCUGUCACUUAUUUUAAUCACAUCGCUUCGGGCAAGCCGAUCUACCCGCUCGAUCUCAUUUACAUGACUUCGUCAUAG